UCAUUAAUAUUGUUUAAAGUGUAAGCACUGGGCUGAAACCAUAAUUUUAAAAGAAGAAGAACAACGUAAUCCUAAACAGUUAAAUAAGUGAAGCCAUGGCAAAAGUGAACAUAUCCGAGAAUCAAGUCGCUUAUGAAAGGCAAGAAGCCAGCGCACGAGAUUUACCAAGAUUUGUUUAUUAAACAGAAAGACAAUGAGCUCACUGAAACUUUCAUAGCAAAGAAAAAGACUUUAUUUGCGCAACUAGCACCAUCGAACCUCUUAGAAUCCCAAAAAUUAAACAUUAUGUAUUCGAGCCUUCACGACAAAAUACUAGAGAAGGUUCCACGGGACACGGUGCAGACCUUUGAAGAACUUCUGGAAGCAGCGAAGCGCGCCGAGGAAUCGAUGAAACCGAAAAAGCGCAUUCGAUGCAAUUUUUGUCGUCAUGUUGGCCACACUGCCGACGUAUGCCGAAAGAAAGCUGACACUGAUUCUGACAUAGGCAUAGGGAGGAGAUGGACCAUUCGAUUCCAGAUCGAUGACGUUAUUGACGAAGGGAUUGUUGGCACUGCUGCUGCGGCCUGCGUUGCUUCACAUGCACUCUGGAAUAAGCUAAAAGCACGAGGCUACAGAUUCACACAGUGUCAUGAUUUAGUGAACGGCGAAGAGACGGAUUUCUUAAAAGUAACCUGCAAUGUGAAAUUUGGUGACCGUACUAUCCCAAUGGAGUUUGUCGUAUUCCCUAAAGGUACUGCAUCAGAGAACCUUCUUGGCACACCUUUGCUCAGGCAGUUGGGUGUGGACUUUGGAAAUGACAUUUGGUUCUUUCGUGAUGAACCCACAAAGAUUUAUCCUUUAUUAAAGGAAAAACCGAGAAAUGAUAAUAUUCUCAGAAUCGGACUUCUGCAGUUUGGUUAAGGCAUCCUGAGAGGAGUUAAACCGUUGAAAACUUUUUUUUUUCUAAUAUCCUAAAUAUAUGUU